AUGAACCUUAAUUUUGUUCUGAGUGAUGCAUUAGCUAAGUUCAACCCCAGUACUGGAACCCACUGCCCCCAUAUAACCACCUGCCCUUCAGCAACAUGGCAGCCACAGCUUGGUAAAGCAGCCUGUUCCAAUGUGGUAGAGCUCAAUCUAUUCCUUCAUGUUUGGCCAAACCCCAUGUUUGAAGGAGACACCCUGACUCUGCAAUGCCAGGGAAAGAAGAACUCAGCCCUGUCCUGGGUAAAGUUCCACAAUAAUGGAAACUUUCUCCAUUUCUCUAAGGAUAACCAGCCUCUGACUAUGGGGACAGCGACAGUGAGGAACAGUGGCCACCAUGGCUGCACUGGGGAGGUGGCAUACAUCCUACAGGUGGACAGACAAACUUCAUGAAUGACUGUGGGUCAAGUUCAAGAGCUGUUCUUGCCUCCUGUGCUGAGUGCUAUCCCCUCUCCCAAGCCCAGUGAGGGAAGCCUCCUGACCUGAGAUGCCAGACAAAGCUGCACUCCCAGAGGUCAUGCACUUCUCCUAAUACAAGGAGGACUGCUCCUUGCAGAACAGGGGUCUCCUCUCUACACUGUGCUUCAUACCCCAACAUCCAGAGAAGGAGAUUGUGGGCUCUACUGGUGCAAGGCAGCCUUUGAGAGUGGCGGAGUCCAGAAACAGAGCCCCCAGAUGGAGAUCAGGGUGUGGGAUAAGUAG